CCCUCUACCUCUCUCUCAAACCUAACUCUAUCUCUUAUAUUUCUUCCCCCCACAUUUAUAUAUUUUUCACAAAACCAAAACAAUUUAUCAAAAGAGGCAGAAAAGAAAGAAAGAAAAAAAACCUAAAAACUAAAUCUCACCUGCCGCUGUCUUUUUUUUUUUUCUUUUUUUUCCUUCCUUUGGUUUCACUGUUCCUGUCUCCAAUGGAUCCAUCCCUUUCCAGUGAUCCUCACCGUUCUCCUCAGUACUCUCCUUUCCCUCAAUACCCAACCUCCAACAGCCCUUUCGUCUCCGCUCCGAAUCUCCCCUUUUACGGUGCUCAGCCGGUUAACCAAACUCCGUUCAACACCCAUGUCUCCCCGCCGCAGCCGCAAACGCAAACGCAGACGCCUCCUUCUCAGACCGCUCCUCCUUACUCUGAAUUGAUCGUGGAGGCGAUUGCGCAUUUGAACGAGCCUGAGGGUUCGAGCAAGAUGGCGAUUUCGAGGUACAUCGAGAGAUCUAACCCUGUUUUGCCCACCGAUCACCAAGCUUUGCUGGCUCACCAUCUCAAGACCUUGAAGAACUGUGGCGUUCUUUCUAUGGUCAAGAAGUCUUACAAGCUCGCUGCUUCUUCCUCUGCUCCCGAGAGCGUCGCUGUUGCUGCUGCCGCCGCCGCCGCCGGUCUCGCCGCUCCCAGAUCUGAGUCUCCUCUGGGGAACCCUGGUCAUCUCGACCCCGCCUCUGGCCCCGUUUCUGGAUCCGCUUCUCAGCCGCAGAAGCGAGGACGUGGACGACCUCCUAAGCCUAAGCCUGAAGCUUCACCACAACAACAGCAACAAGUCGUCAUUGCUCAACCCAACGCUGUCCAGCUUAACGGGCAGCCAAGCUGGGAGCAACCUCAGUUUCCUGUAGCCAGUCCGACCCAGACGGUUACUGAGUCUGCAAAGAGAGGGCCUGGUCGUCCAAGAAAGGACGGAUCUGCUCCGAUCCCUCGACCUGCUGGUUUGUCUGUGAUCAUGAAACGAAGAGGCAGGCCACCGGGUCGUAGAGCUGCUGGGAGACAGAGGAAGCCCUUAUCAGUCUCCUCUACCGCCUCUGUGUUUCCUUACGUCGCUAACGGUGCUAGACGCCGUGGAAGGCCAAGGAGAGUUGACUCUGGUGGAGUCCCCGUUGCUGCUCCAGCUGGUGGAGAAGCUGUAGCCGCUGCGCCAGGGAUAAAGCGUGGACGAGGAAGACCACCUAAGGUCGGUGGUGUUAAGAAUAGGCUAAUCACCAAGCCUAAGCGUGGACGAGGACGUCCCGUUGGUAGACCCAGAAAGAACCCAUGGCCCGUGACGGUAGCUACUGGUGCACUGGAGUCUGCCUAUGGAGAACUCAAGGCAAAGCUUGACCUCUGUAAUGAGAAAGCAAAAGAAAUCCUGAAUGUGUUGAACGCUGGUAUUAUAAACAACGAUAAUCAAGCAGCUGUGGAAGCGGCACAAAAGCUGGAAGGACUAAUUACAAUGAUGGCUGUUGAGCCACAAGCUGUGGAAGAAGCGCAGCCAGAGGAGGCAGCGCCACAGACUGAAGCUGAAGAACCACAAGGAGAAGGAGAGGGACAUGGACAAGAAAGAGAAGGAGAAGAAGAGCAAGCCCCGACAGACCAGACCCAGGUGCAGACAGAUGCAGAGGCAAUGCAAGAAGCUCUGUUCUGAAGAAUAAUUAUCUCGCAAAAAACAGCCUAGACAGUAGCCUUGGUGUUUGUGGUUUAGGAGUGUUCUUUUUAGUAUUUAGGUACUGGAUCCUAUCUUUAAUUAAAAAACCUAUAAGGAAUUUUAGUCUGUUGGAAGAAAAAAACAAAGACUCUUUUGAUGGUGUUUGUGUCAGUGUGUCACUAACUAAACAUUAAGAAGGUUGAUGUAAAUCAGGAGUUAUUUCCAGUGUUGAAUGUUUUCCCUCUUAUGAAUC